UUUCCUACCGUCCUCCCAUUCCCACCCCCCUCUUUUCCCUGACCUUUGUCCACUUCUCGCCCCACACCACACCAAGAAUCUUUUUUUCCCACUUCUUUAUCCUCCUCUCCUUGUAUCAUCACCACCAAAAGGGUGAACAUCGAGGAAAAGAGAAAGAAGGAUGAGAAGUUUAUGGUUCCUGAUCGCCAUCUUACUUCACCAAUCUCACUCCAUUCAAUCUAAACUCGCAACGCCGCCGCUGCCACUCCUUCCGAUCCCCAAGGCGGCACAGCUGAAAUGGCACCGCCGGGAGCUCAUAAUGUUCUUCCACUUCGGCAUGAACACCUUCACCAACUCCGAGUGGGGUACCGGCGAGGAGAGCCCGUCGCUCUUCAACCCCACCGCGCUCGACGCAAAACAGUGGAUCGAUGCUGCUGCCGGCGCGGGCUUCUCCCUCGUCAUCCUCACCGCCAAGCACCACGACGGCUUCUGCCUCUGGCCGUCGCAGUACACCGACCAUUCCGUCGAACGGAGCCCAUGGAAAGGAGGGAAAGGCGACGUCGUCAAGGAGUUCGUCGACGCUGCUCGUGCCAGAGGGAUCGACGCCGGGCUAUAUCUCUCCCCGUGGGAUCGCCAUGAGAAGUCCUAUGGUCUUGAGAUUGAGUACAAUGAGUUCUACUUGGCCCAGCUCCAAGAGCUGCUCACUAGAUAUGGGAGCGUAUCGGAGAUAUGGUUCGACGGCGCCAAGGGAAAGAAUGCGAAGAACAUGACGUACUACUUCGAGGAUUGGUUUGCAAUGGUGAAGGAGCUGCAAAGCUCCAUCAACAUAUUCUCCGAUGCCGGUCCCGAUGUCAGGUGGGUCGGCGACGAGAAGGGGUUUGCAGGGACUACAUGCUGGUCCACUGUUAACCGCACCAUGUUGAAGAUUGGAGAUGCUAGUAUAGUCAACUAUCUGAACACCGGCGAUGCAAGAGGAACCGACUGGGUGCCACCGGAGUGCGACGUUUCGAUCCGGCCGGGCUGGUUCUGGCACAAGAAUGAGACUGCAAAACCAUUGAGCCAGUUGCUAGAUAUAUACUAUAAAUCGGUAGGCCGGAACUGUGUUCUUCUACUCAACGUGCCGCCGAAUUCCACUGGCCUGAUCUCCGAGGCCGACAUCGAGAGGUUAGGACAAUUCCGUUCGGCAAUCAAUAGCAUCUUUUCCAAAGAUUUAGCCCAAGGAAGCAAAGCAAAAGCCAGCAGCCAGAGAGGCGGUAAGGGCGGCGGCUUCGCAGCCAUGAACGUGCUAGAUGGCGAUGACCAGACCUACUGGGCUCCAAAGGAGGACCAGGAUGGGAACGGAUACUGGAUUGAAUUGAAGAGAUUGGAUCCAAGUGCAAGCUUCAAUGUGGUAAGGAUUCAGGAGGCCAUUGCAAUGGGGCAGAGGAUAAUGCAGCACGAGGUGUAUGCCGAUGGGAACACAGUGGCGAGCGGGACGACGGUGGGGUACAAGCGGCUCCACCGGCUGAAGACACCAUUAGAAGCCAAGAAGGUGAAGGUGUGGAUCAAAGCGUCACGGGGGGUGCCGCUGAUAUCGGCGGUGGGCCUGCACUUUGAUCCAUUUCAUGGGGUGUCCAUGAAGACAAAUGGGACAUCAGUGUGAAUGCAGGAUCCUAUUAACUCAUCUUUCAUCAAACCAACAGUAUCUUGUUGGAUGAGUCUACUUUAGAAUAAAAGGAAAAGGGAGAUUCUCCACUUCAGUUGGAGUUUCUUGUGAUACGUAUUCAUCGUUUUCUUAGCUAAA